AUGGCGAUUUGGAAAUCGACCCACAUGGCUGGACGGGCAAGAAUGGCGGCGAGACACGCUUCCCCGCCCAGGUACCUAUCUUGCUCUGUGCUGGUUUCUCUUCUUUGUUGUCUCCCUCUCCAUGGGUCCGUCUCUCUUCCCUGCUGUCCUCCUUGCCGUCUCGCUCCCGGCUUGCCUCUCUUCCUCUUUAACUACUCGGACCGCCGUUUACACGGGAUCUUUGAGGCGGUCAGCCAUGGCGAUUUGGAAAUCGACCCUCAUGGCUGGACGGGCAAGAAUGGCGGCGAGACACGCUUCCCCGCCCAGGUUGGUACCCUCCCUGCUCUUUCCAUCCACUCCCUGCCCAAGUUUCCUCCUCCUCUCUCUACCAGUCUCUCGUCCCUGCUGUUUCUCCAAAGGUCUGCCUGCCGUCCCCUCCCCGGUGUAUCUCCCGGCAUGCCUCUCUUCCUCUUCAACUUCUCGGAUCGCCGCCUGCAUGGGGUGUUCGAGGCGGUCAGCCAUGGAGAUUUGGAGAUUGACCCUCAUGGGUGGACGGGCAGGAAUGGUGGCGAGACACGCUUCCCCACCCAGGUAGGUACCCUUCUUGCUCUCUGCUGGUCUCUCUUCCCUUCUGUCUCCCUGUCCACGGCCUGCUUCCUCUUCAACUAUUUGGACCGCCGCCUGCACGGAAUCUUUGAGGCGGUGAGCCAUGGAGAUUUGGAAAUCGACCCGCAUGGCUGGACGGCCAGGAACGGCGGCGAGACACGCUUCCCCGCCCAGGUACCCUCGUUACUCUCUGUCUGCUGGUCUCCCUUCCCUGGUCUCUUCUUGCUCUCUUCUGGUAUCUCUUCUCUGUUGUCUCCCUCCUCAAGGGCCCACCUCUCUUUUCUGGCCUCUCUUCCCCAGCCUCUUUUUCUCCCUCCCGGCAUGCCUCUCUUCCUCUUCAACUACUCGGAUCGCCGCUUACACGGGGUGUUUGAGGCAGUCGGCCACGGAGAUCUGGAGAUCGACCCUCAUGGCUGGAUGGGCAGGAAUGGCGGCGAGACACGCUUCCCCGCCCAGGUAGGUACCCUCCCUGCUCUUUCCUUCUUUCUAUUCUCUGGUCCCUUUGCAAAUCGCAAGCCUCUCGUCGCUGCUGUCUCUCCAAGGGGCCGCCUCUCUUCCCUGGUCUCUCCUCCCUACACUCCGUCUCCCAGCAUGCCUCCCUUUCUCUCUAACUACUUGCACCGCCCAGGGGCUUGCAAGGAGUGCGGGUUCGUUUGCGUCACAACUGUGAAGUUCCGUCUGCGCCACAAGUGUUCCCCUCUCCCUGAGACCACCUACGGCCCGGCCCUAUCAGCCAACUACUACUCUGUCACGCACUUCAUGUUCGAAUUAGGCCACCAGCAGACCCACCUGGUGAAGGUUCGUCUGCACCACAAGUUUUCCCCUGUCCCUGAGAGCACCUACGGCCCGACCCUAUCAGCCAACUACUACUCCCCCACACACUUAUUCUUCGAAUUGGACCACCAGCAAACCCAGAAGCUCCUCGCUCUCUACUGCAAGCACACCCCUGCCGCUGGCCCCUCCCGCCCUAGCACGUCUUUUACUUCGUCUCAGAAACCCACUCACUCAGCCGUCUUCCUUCCGCUCCCUUCCCCCUCUUUUCCCUCCCUUUCAGGUAAAGCCACCGACUGGAUUUCCCUCUCAUCCCUCUCAUCCCUCUCAUCCGCCUCUGAAUCCCCUUCCUCCUGCCGCUGCUUCGCCGCACAAACCCCUCCCCCUACCCCGCCCCUCCUCCUCUUCAUCCUCCAAUUCAUCCUCCUCUGCCGCUUCAUCCUCCCAACCACCUUGGCAUUCUUCCGCUCCUCCUCCUGGACCUCAUCCCGGACCUCAUGCCGGACCUUCCAAGCCAUCCGGACCUAA